CGUGCGCCGGGCGAGAAGCCGCGGCCGCCGGAGCGCAGUAUGGGGAAGAACCGCGAGAUGCGCCUGACUCACAUCUGCUGCUGCUGCCUCCUUUACCAGCUGGGGUUCCUGUCGAAUGGGAUCGUUUCAGAGCUGCAGUUCGCCCCCGACCGCGAGGAGUGGGAAGUCGUGUUUCCUGCGCUCUGGCGCCGGGAGCCGGUGGACACGGCUGGCGGCAGCGGGGCUUGUAAAAUCACAGUGCAGAUAAAACAGUUUAUUUUAUUAAUGGAAAAAAUGGGAUUUAUACAGCUCAAUGAGGACUUCAUAUUUAUUGAGCCACUCAAUGAUACAAUGGCCAUAACAGGUCACCCACACCGUGUAUAUAGGCAGAAAAGGUCCAUGGAGGAAAAAGUCACAGAGAAGUCAGCUCUUCACAGUCAUUACUGUGGUAUCAUUUCAGAUAAAGGAAGACCUAGGUCUAGAAAAAUAGCAGAAAGUGGAAGAGGGAAACGAUAUUCAUACAAAUUACCUCAAGAAUACAACAUAGAGACUGUAGUGGUUGCAGACCCAGCAAUGGUUUCCUAUCAUGGAGCAGAUGCAGCCAGGAGAUUCAUUCUAACCAUCUUAAAUAUGGUUUUUAACCUUUUCCAACACAAGAGUCUGGGUGUGCAGGUCAAUCUUCGUGUGAUAAAGCUUAUUCUGCUCCAUGAAACUCCACCAGAUCUAUAUAUUGGGCAUCAUGGAGAAAAAAUGCUAGAGAGUUUUUGUAAGUGGCAACAUGAAGAAUUUGGCAAAAAGAAUGAUAUACAUUUGGAGAUGUCAACAAGCUGGGGGGAAGACAUGACUUCAGUGGAUGCAGCUAUACUUAUAACAAGGAAAGAUUUCUGUGUGCACAAAGAUGAACCAUGUGAUACUGUUGGUAUAGCUUACUUGAGUGGAAUGUGUAGUGAAAAGAGAAAAUGUAUUAUUGCUGAAGACAAUGGCUUGAAUCUUGCUUUUACAAUUGCUCAUGAAAUGGGUCACAACAUGGGCAUUAACCAUGACAACGACCACCCAUCGUGUGCUGAUGGUCUUCAUAUCAUGUCUGGUGAAUGGAUUAAAGGACAGAAUCUUGGUGAUGUUUCAUGGUCUCGAUGUAGCAAGGAAGAUUUGGAAAGAUUUCUCAGGUCAAAGGCCAGUAACUGCUUGCUACAAACAAAUCCGCAGAGUGUCAAUUCUGUGAUGGUUCCCUCCAAGCUGCCAGGGAUGACAUACACUGCUGAUGAACAAUGCCAGAUCCUUUUUGGGCCUUUGGCUUCUUUUUGUCAGGAGAUGCAGCAUGUUAUUUGCACAGGAUUAUGGUGCAAGGUAGAAGGUGAGAAAGAAUGCAAAACCAAACUAGACCCACCAAUGGAUGGAACUGACUGUGACCCUGGUAAGUGGUGUAAGGCUGGAGAAUGUACCAGCAGGACCUCAGCACCUGAACAUCUGGCCGGAGAGUGGAGCCUGUGGAGUCCUUGUAGCCGAACCUGCAGUGCUGGGAUCAGCAGUCGAGAGCGCAAAUGUCCUGGGCUAGGUUCUGAAGCAAGGGAUUGUAAUGGUCCCAGAAAACAAUACAGAAUAUGUGAGAAUCCACCUUGUCCUGCAGGUUUGCCUGGAUUCAGAGACUGGCAAUGUCAGGCGUAUAGUGUUAGAACUUCCUCCCCAAAGCAUGUACUUCAGUGGCAAGCUGUCCUGGAUGAAGAAAAGCCAUGUGCCUUGUUUUGCUCUCCCGUUGGAAAAGAACAGCCUAUUCUUCUAUCAGAAAAAGUGAUGGAUGGAACUUCUUGUGGGUAUCAGGGAUUAGAUAUCUGUGCAAAUGGCAGGUGCCAGAAAGUUGGCUGUGAUGGUUUAUUAGGGUCUCUUGCAAGGGAAGAUCAUUGUGGUGUAUGCAAUGGCAAUGGAAAAUCAUGCAAGAUCAUUAAAGGGGAUUUUAAUCACACCAGAGGAGCAGGUUAUGUAGAAGUGCUGGUGAUACCUGCUGGAGCAAGAAGAAUCAAAGUUGUGGAGGAAAAACCGGCACAUAGCUAUUUAGCUCUCCGAGAUGCUGGCAAACAGUCUAUCAAUAGUGACUGGAAGAUUGAACACUCUGGAGCCUUCAAUUUAGCUGGAACUACUGUUCAUUAUGUAAGACGAGGCCUCUGGGAGAAGAUCUCUGCCAAAGGUCCUACUACAGCACCUUUACAUCUCCUGGUGCUCCUGUUUCAGGAUCAGAAUUAUGGUCUUCACUAUGAAUACACUAUCCCAUCAGACCCUCUUCCAGAAAACCAGAGCUCUAAAGCACCCGAGCCCCUCUUCAUGUGGACACACACAAGCUGGGAAGAUUGCGAUGCCACUUGUGGAGGAGGAGAAAGGAAGACAACGGUGUCCUGCACAAAAAUCAUGAGCAAAAAUAUCAGCAUUGUGGACAACAAGAAAUGCAAAUACUUAACCAAGCCAGAGCCACAGAUUCGAAAGUGCAAUGAGCAACCAUGUCAAACAAGGUGGAUGAUGACAGAAUGGACCCCCUGUUCACGCACUUGUGGAAAAGGGAUGCAAAGCAGACAAGUGGCCUGUACCCAACAACUGAGCAAUGGAACUCUGAUUAGAGCCCGAGAGAGGGACUGCAUUGCGCCCAAGCCCGCCUCUGCCCAGCGCUGUGAGGGCCAGGACUGCAUGACCGUGUGGGAGGCGGGAGUGUGGUCUGAGUGUUCAGUCAAGUGUGGCAAAGGCGUACGUCAUCGGACCGUUAGAUGUACCAACCCAAGAAAGAAGUGUGUCCUCUCUACCAGACCCAGGGAGGCUGAAGACUGUGAGGAUUAUUCAAAAUGCUAUGUGUGGCGAAUGGGUGACUGGUCUAAGUGCUCAAUUACCUGUGGCAAAGGAAUGCAGUCCCGUGUUAUCCAAUGCAUGCAUAAGAUCACAGGAAGACAUGGAAAUGAAUGUUUUUCCUCAGAAAAACCUGCAGCAUACAGGCCAUGCCACCUUCAACCCUGCAAUGAGAAAAUUAAUGUAAAUACCAUAACAUCACCCAGACUGGCUGCUCUGACUUUCAAGUGCCUGGGAGAUCAGUGGCCAGUGUACUGCCGAGUGAUCCGUGAAAAGAACCUAUGUCAGGACAUGCGGUGGUAUCAGCGCUGCUGUGAAACAUGCAGGGACUUCUAUGCCCAAAAGCUGCAGCAGAAGAGUUGACCUCUAGCAGGCUGGCUGGAUCACAGCUCGUUGCAAUUACAUUAUUUAUAAACACACACACUAGCAUGUUUUUCAGACCAAAUAUUAUCAGAUUACAUAUAAUUUAAUCAAAUUAAUUUAUUUUUUUGCCUGCCAAACAUCUAAUGUGGUGCUUGUUUUGGUUACACAAACAUUUUGAUUUCUACUAUAUGGCUUCAUAAAUAAUUUUAUAUGAAUGAAUUAGUUGGAUCCAGUAAUAUAAUGAAAAGAAAAAGGAAAAAAAAUAGAUCAUUAUACCUAAAACAAUGUUUUGUUGUUUUGUUAGGGCUAUCCCUAAGGUGCUCCUCUCUCCCCACCAAUAACAUUGAAUUAUCCAGAAUGUAUACUGACUUAGCAUAAUAGUUCAGGUAUAUAUGAAGAGAAACUAUUUUUGUUUUUUGGUGUCCUGCUGCAGAAUUAGCCCAUUUUCUGUUAUCUGCAGGAGAUGUGUAAACAUAAUGAACCUCAUGGUGUUGAACAGGUUUUUAGAGAAUGUAUUAUGAAUUUGGUUGAGAUUUAUAGACAUCCAUAGGAAAAAUUCUGCUGUAAUUAUAACCUUAUUUUGAUAUGGAAAGGAAAAGUCAAAAUAGAGACUUUGAUCAUGUUCAUGAACAUGUACUUGAACACAAGUAUUGUAACAAUGAAACACUGUAAUGAUUUACACUGAAUCACAAUUGCACUGUUGAUAUAGUGUAGAGAAAUCGUUAGAAAUGGUAACAUCUUACAAAAAUGUGUAUUAUUUUAACAUGUUAUCACUAGAUUUUAGCUUUUUAAAAAAUAUUUUUAACAAAGAAAACAUUGAUCCACCCAUUUCCCGGUAUCUUUUUAGCAGAUUUAUUAGAGUAUAGUAUUUAGCCUCACGAAUCAUAAUUAGAAAAUUUACUAAUAUUUCUCAGCCUUUUCCCUAGGAACAAGGAAAAACAGAAAGCAUAUAAUACUGUGGUAGUUUCAUUGUGUUUUUCUUCCUUUUAAAAAUUAAAAAGUUUUACAGUUAUGUGAAACGUUCAAAAGCCAGCUUAAAAUUUUUCUUGUGAGAAAAUAUUGUACAUGAUUCACAUGAUUUCUUAGAUUUUUUCAAUAAAAUAUGUAAAACUUGCCAUUGAGAGACAAUUCUUCAUAGACUUGUCACAUAUCCGCAUGUCUGACCGACAAAGGUACUGUCUACUUUUGUUCUGGAGUAUCUUCUAGAGGAUGUUUGUAUAGUGAACUGCCUUGGAGGAUAGUAUCUCUCUUGGGAGCAAAGGGCAAACAUGCUUCUCAUUAUAAAAGUUUCAGGUUCCCUAAAAUUGGGGUUUCUUUACUAUAAGACAAUCCAAUGCAUGUGCUGACGUCGCCUGGCUCUCUUCAUGUCACCCUAUGAGAAAUGGGACUCAAGGAGCCAGUACAGGAAAAGCGGAUUCCCUGGCUACUAUUGCUGUGAGUAACGAAGUCGUUUGUCU